AUGACGCGAACGACGACUGCGAAUACAGUGACGAGCGUUAACGUCGAGGCGGCCAGUUUGUCGGUGACAGCGGCACUGUCAACAUCGCUGCCGAUCUAUGCGAUUGUGAGCAAAAAGCGUGACGCGAACGUUGAAAAGACUGAAACGACGAUAACAACACCAACAACAGCAACGACGGUUAACAAUAACAACGCCAUGUUAGCUGCCGUGCCCGAAGAGCCAACAAUUGCCACAGUGCAGGAUUUGAUCAGUUUCGAUGACGAUGACAACAACAGUCAACAACAAUCACAACCACAACAGCAACAAAAUGCCAACUUAGCCAUAAACCACCAAUCAAACAAUCCAGCCAGAGAUAAUAUCUGUGAUAAUAACAAUCAUGUGGAUUUGCUGUGUGCUCCCAAUGAUCAACUGUGCGAGGAUGCCAAUCUGUUGUCGCUGCUCGUAACACCGCCACCCACACCGCCCAAGCCCAAUUCACCGGGCAGCAAUAAUUCGAGUCGCAAGACAAGCUUUGAUUCCACCUGCACCAUCAGUUCCAUGGACUCGGGUUUCAUGGAGAUGCAAAACAAAUUGGACGCCUUGGCUGCUGCUGCAGCUGCGGCCAGUGGCGGUGGCAAUGGCGAGAAGAUUGCGCGGCGCAACUACAAGGAAUGCUUGACGCAGUCGCGGAAUCGUCGCAAAUCCUAUGAAGAGUUUAAGGCCAUGUUUGCCGAUGUCGCACAGCCGGAUGCGUCGCGCUUGACGCGACGACGUUGCGGUAUGCUGCAGGAGCAUAAUGUGGGAGGAGCUGCUGUUGUUGCUGUUGAGGCAGCAACAUCCACAAUACCAACUGCAGCAAUGCCAAUCGGGACAGCGGUUGAUGACGCAACAACAACUGCAAACAGCAGCAAUAACACUGUGAUGACAACGCUCGCCUCAAUAUCAGAACAAGAAACCACAAACACGAGCAGCAACAGCAGCAACAACAUCAAACCGGAUUGCGCAAACGAGUUUGCUGCUGGUGCGACAACAACGGAUGAAAUGGAUACCGGCGACGAUCUAACAACAGUAACAGCAACAACAAGCUUUGCCAAUGCCGCCGCAACAGCAACCACCAACACCACUACAGAAGCAAUGCGAAAGAAUUCAGAUUUUCUAUCGCAGAUACUCGAUCAUCAGUUGGCGGCCAAGGAGCAGCGGGAAAAAGCGCACAAGCGACGCACAUCAUACGAGGAGUUUAAGCGUUUGGUGCGCGAGAUUGAUGGAGCCGUUCAUGGGGGUGUGGUGGAGCAGCCGCGUCCACUCAUGGAAUGUCCGCUGGACACACCCACAACAACAGCAAUAACAGCAACAACAACUCCAGGAACAGUAACUCCAGCCACACCAGCUACAACAGCAACAACAACAACCACAUCACCACUUAAACGUCAGAAUUCGCGACAGCGUAAAAGUUUUGCCUCCUACUUUUUGCCGCGUCGCAACUCGACCAAAGAGCCAAAGACUGAGCUGGAAUUGGAAACGGUGGUAAGCAAGCCAGACUUGGAGUUGCAGGCAUAUGCCAAAAUGGCUGGCAGCAGCAGCAGCAACAGCGUGAGUUCAAGUGCCAAUUAUAGGCGUAACUUUAAGAUCUACGAUAAGCUCGUGUAUGGCACCAUCUAUGACAUCAUCCAGCGUAAGAACGAUAUCUAUCAGCUGACAUACCAGAAGUACGACAAGUACAUGACCUAUGGCACCAUCUAUGAGAUACUGCAUCGCAAAACGUCGACAUCGUCGCAAGGCAGCAGCAACUCGCUAACCAGCGGCAGCGGCUGCGACAAAUGGCAGCGAAAGAGUCUCAGCUCGAUUUUAGAACGCGACACAGCGACGUCUGUCAAAAUGCAUAAAUCAAACGAUGUGAUUUAUGAUAUAAUACAAAAGCAGCAGCAAAAGCGCGAAAAGGAACGUCAAGAGGAGCAGGAACGAGUACGGCAACAACAACAACAGCAGCCGCAGCAGCAACAGAGUGAACAGCAACAACAGGAUGCAACUGACACAACUGCAAAUUUGGGCACACAUGUCACGCACAAAUAUGGCACAAUUUAUGACAUCCUACAAGGAGAGAAAUUGGAUGCCGGCUGCGGCGACGAGGCAAUUGCCGAGAGCAAACCAGUUGCUGCGGCGGCAACCACGACGCGUUUCGUGGUCAGCCAUGUGGAUGAGCAACAACAGCUCACGGACAACAACAACAUGUUGCAUGCCACUCCGGCUGUGACACCUGCAACAACUGUUGCUGCCGUGGAGCAACCACAACAGGCCAGCAAAUGCAGCAAAAUGCGACGUUUGUCCAACAUUCUUAGCUAUAGUAAAUCAAGCAACAGCCAUGCUACACAGGAGUCAACAACAGCCAACAAUGAGCAACAACUGCAGCAGCAACAACAACAUCAGACCAAACGCAGUCAGGCCAAGCGACGUGUUGGCGUUAGCAAUCUGCUGUUGCCUCUCGACUCCGAGGAGCUCUACACCCGCAUCAUUGCCCAGCAGCGACGCGAGGGCAGCACCAGCAGCAAUUCGAGCAGCGAUGCCGAUUGCCAAAAGGGUUUAAUGAAAUCCAAUUCCUUGGAUGCCAUCUCCAUGUCGGUGGCCAUUUCGCCACCAGCAACACCUUCGCCACCGCGUCCACGACGCAGCCUCAAGCAACACAAAUGCCUGCAACAGCAGCAGCAGCAACAACAAAUGCGACAGUUGCCGCCGCUGAUGAAGAAGCAUUCGUUGGACAAUUGUCCGGUGCCAAAGCAGCCGCUGCGUCGUUGGUCCAAUCAAACGAUACUCAAAUGCACCUGCCAAGCGCCAGAGCCAGAGUCACUGCUCAUCCAUUGCACUUGUCCAACGGCAGCGACAGCAGCAACAGCAACCACCACUGCAUUGUCUGUCAUUGAGAAGUGCCGCUCGCUGCCCGCAGCCUGCUCGCAUACGUGCGUUAAUUUAAUUGCCGCCGUUGCCGGUUGCCGUUGCGAUGCGACGGCGGCCACACCAAUAGUCAAGUCUAACAGCAAAAAUCCAGCAACAAACACGAAAUCCACAACAACGAAUACAACAACAUCACCAACGACAACAACAAAAACAACGACGACGACGAGCAAGAAAGGCAAAUCGCGUCGACUUUCGGAAUUUACGCGUGGUGAAUUUUUAAAUGAAAAAUCCUGGUACUUCCGCAAAAUCAAACGCAUUGAGGCUGAGAAAAAACUGUUACUGCCAGAGAACGAGCACGGUGCAUUUUUAAUUCGCGAUUCCGAGAGCCGCCACAAUGACUACUCGCUAUCAGUGCGCGAUGGCGAUACGGUUAAGCAUUACCGCAUCAGACAAUUGGAUGAAGGCGGUUUCUUCAUUGCCAGACGCACAACAUUCAGAACCCUACAAGAGCUUGUCGAGCACUAUUCCAAGGAUUCGGAUGGCCUGUGCGUCAAUCUCUGCAAACCUUGUGUACAGAUUGAGAAACCUGUUACCGAGGGCCUAUCACAUCGAACUCGCGAUCAGUGGGAAAUCGACAGAACAUCGUUGAAAUUCGUACGAAAAUUGGGAUCUGGACAGUUCGGUGAUGUCUGGGAGGGACUGUGGAACAACACAACGCCCGUGGCGAUUAAAACGCUGAAAUCAGGCACAAUGGAUCCCAAGGACUUUUUGGCCGAGGCUCAAAUUAUGAAGAAACUGCGUCACACAAAGCUCAUUCAGCUUUAUGCUGUGUGCACCGUUGAGGAGCCCAUCUAUAUCAUUACGGAGCUAAUGAAGCACGGCUCCCUCUUGGAAUAUCUGCAAGCAAUUGCAGGCAAAGGUCGUAGUAUCAAAAUGCAAACGCUCAUCGAUAUGGCUGCCCAAAUAGCCGCUGGCAUGGCAUAUUUGGAGUCACAGAAUUACAUCCACAGAGAUUUGGCAGCUCGAAACGUACUUGUGGGAGACGGCAACAUCGUGAAGAUUGCCGAUUUCGGUUUGGCACGACUAAUCAAGGAAGAUGAAUACGAGGCACGUGUCGGUGCCCGAUUCCCCAUUAAAUGGACUGCGCCAGAGGCGGCCAAUUACAGCAAAUUCUCAAUCAAAUCAGAUGUGUGGAGCUUUGGCAUUCUACUCACCGAACUGGUCACCUAUGGACGUAUACCCUAUCCCGGCAUGACCAACGCCGAAGUAUUAACCCAGGUGGAGCAUGGAUAUCGCAUGCCCAUGCCACCGAACUGUGAACAGCGUUUGUAUGAGAUAAUGCUGGAGUGCUGGCACAAGGAUCCCAUGCGCAGACCCACAUUCGAGACCCUGCAAUGGAAGCUGGAGGACUUCUACACAUCCGACCAGAGCGAUUACAAAGAAGCACAGGCUUACUGAUAAAUGCUUUAUGCGCCCGCUGGCAAACGCAGCAGCUGCAAUAAGGUGGCGCCAGGAGCUGCAGCAGCUGGCCAAGUGGAGCAAGGCAACUAUGUCAAAACAAAUGCAUAAACGACGACUGCGCCAAUCAUCCCAACACGGACAAUUCUUAUUUAGUUACUUACUUCAGUUUUGCACAGAUUUUCUACCGCAUUAUACAAAAGAGAAAAUAACACAAAAAAAAAAAAACAAAUGAAAAAAACAAAAUCCCUAAACUGCAUGGGUUAAAUGUAUGUUUAGGUAUCAAUAUAGGAAUUACUUAAAUGUUAUUAAUGUUUAAGCAAGCAUAUUUUAGUGUCUAAAGCAGUGUGCUAAGGAGAAACGAGAGACAAAAACGUAUGUGUAAUAAUUUUUUUGUAUUUCAAUUACAAACCGUUUUCUUUAAAUACAUGUAUAUCGCCAACAAUUUGGAAAUGAUUUAUGUUUAUAUAAAUAACGUUUAAUGCAUACACAUACAACAAAAUACAUAUAUGUAUAUCGGAUGUAUUAAAUUUCUGUUUACACAAUUGCAAUGAUAAGAAGUGCAAGUGUACCGAUUAUUUUUAUAUUUAAAUUGCAAAACAUUAUUUUGUUUCGUUCAAUAUACAUUAUUAUAUCGUAAAUUCAGUGGAAUGCGAUGAAUCAUUUAAAUCAUAUAUACAUGCUAGUAUGUAUAUACAUCAUAAUAUAUAAAUAUACAUAUAUAUGAGAACGCAUAAAGUCACAGUUUAUAUAGGAUCUUCAAAUAUAUAUACAUACAUAUAUACAUUUAUUUUAGUUAAUAGCCAUUUAUAAACGAUAUUUAAAUACAUAUACAUAUUUAUGCUUUUAGUUAAAACAUUACGUGUCUUACCUUAUAUAUUCAAAAAGAAAAAAACACACUCAACAUAAUCAACGACAUAUAUGCUUUAUCUUUAUCGUGUAUUCUUAAAAAACAAAGCAAAAUGAAACAAAAACGACACACAAAUACCAGAAAAGAAGUGCUAGCAAAAAGAAAAAAAAAGUAAUACUAAUGCAAUGCAAUAAAGUAAACUCCAUAUUAUUAAUGUUAUACAUUUUAAUUGUAAUUUUUAACCAUUAAAUUAUAUAUAUUUAAAAAUAUACACAGCAUACACAUACAUACAUACAUACAAAACCACAUACACACACCCACACGAAUCCAUGUACAUUUAGAACAAAAACAUCAAAAUAAAA